AAGCAUUUCUUCAACGAACAGAAAGAUCUUUUAACACGCCUGGACCGUCUAAAGGUAGGGCGGAAUUCGCUCGGCUACCAAAAUGGACGGAAACUUUUGCAAGGUUCGUCCGAUUCGAGCAUUCAUCGGGGACACCUUGUACCAAGGCCUCCUAAUCAUGGGGGUCCUCUUCUGGACAGGCGAGCUCAGCUCAUGCACAAAAUAGACCAACAAACUGCACGGUUCCACAAAGAGGAUGAAAAGGAGGAAGAGAAGGAGGCUCAGUUUCGGAAGACCCCAGUAAGACUAGCACCUCUUCCUCAGCACUACCAACCAAAGCUAGGACAGAACAAAUGUGAGUCAGGAGCCAAGGAGCCGGUGGAUGGUGAGUCGGACGGGUCGAGUCAGGACUCGCGUCCCUCCCAGACCCUUUACACCAUACACACGGCAGGCUCGUCCUCAUCCUUCCACAGCGCCACCACUACUACACUGUCCGAGCCAGCCAAACGGACCAGGAAGAUGUCUUAUGCAGGAAUACCGUCCAUGUACAACAACCCCGGGCAGGCACAGUCAAAGUCUUGGGACGAGGCCGGCGCCACCACUCCAGCGAAACCACGUCCGCAGAGACGGGUUUCUCUGCCAUCCAGGCUGGCCGGCAUGGGGAAGCCUUCUUCCGACCACCUGCCCCAAGCGGCACCCGAGCACCUGCACAGCUGGCUGGGGUUGCGUACACAGGCGACCCUGGACAGGAUGAGGGGGCAGCCGAAGGACGAGAUGGCGCUUUACCAGCCAAGGGGCAAGAAGAAAGGAUCGUUUUAGUGCUCGUAGAAUUUCGCUGUUGCAUGAAAUGACGUUGCGUAAUAUCAACAGAAUGUCCAAAACGUCCGCUAGUACACGUGUACAGGUUAUACUGUGAUGCUUAUCGUAAUCCCAGCAGGUAUGACAUUUGAGGUUUCCAUUUCCUGAAAAAGAGUACUAGUACUUCAUCAGCGACAAAGACCUACAGUACAUGUUUUCUAAAAAUGUACCGGGACACCCAAUACUUUUGCGUGGUUGCCGUGAUACGUGCCAUCAUUAUCUUUGCCGUUUGCUAACUUUACAAUAACUAAAAUUACCCAUGAAAAUAAUCGCCUGAGAUUUAAAAAAUUCACUUGAAUUGAUAGUGUUGAAGAUAUUGACAGAAUAUACGCUCAGACCCAGCCUCUACGACAUGUACUAUACUGCCAUGGUGCUGUGACUAAAAUGUAGGACAGGAACCCACUGAAAAGGUAGCAUUACUAGUACCAAUGUGCCUGCACAGGUACAGGUACAGAGACAUUGCAAGGAAUGUCAGUCACGCGUGAAAAUUCCUCGGAUUUAGUCGGCAUUUCUAAUAACCGUUAACAUUGUUGACGUUCUGUGUCACCUGUCCCACUGUUAUGUUGGGACAACCACAUUAUGUCUUUGGUUGGGACUGCAACAAAUAACAUACCGUGCGCACAAAUCCGAUCAUAGGAAAACUCCAGAAAAGCACUGUGCUGUACACAUGUUACUUUAAGUUCUGUGACUAUCGUGUGUAAAACGUGUGUAAAUCACUGCACCGACGCGUUUAUUGUUGGACAAAUAGAAUCCGCACAUGCCAUUACGGGAAACAAAAUGGCUAUAGUGCGCUUCCGUGACAUACUAUAUAAUCAUAUAUCUUACAACCCUCACUCGUAAAAGCAGCUUGUACAGAUACAUAAGCAAAGGAACAAGUCAACCUGGAGAUUUGUGUUGUACACUCAAGAAAAAUAAACCAUUAUCCAUUGUUUAUUAACUAGAACUGACAGACAACAGCUCGUAUAAACACACUCUGACAAGUUUGGUUACCUGAGGUGAUCACCAGCCUAUGGAGCCGCUGGACCAGUACUUAUUUCUUUAGCCUGGGAUCAUGGAACAAAAGUCACGGACAAAGGUGGAUCCAACUAUCUCUUCUUUAAAUAACUGUCCGCUUCACAGGCCGACAGGUACACACUGGUUCCUUUGUGUCGGGGGAAUUUGGACAGAACUUUCUCACGGAUACAAAAAGUAGCAUCUUCAGUCAUCUCUACUUGUUGUUUCAAUGGGCUGGACCAAGGAGUAUCACACCUCAUGUAUGGCCCUACUACAGGCAACAAUGAAAAUAAAAUCUUUAAAAAAUGGAAGUGGUUAGGAAGCAGCUUUGCACUACAAUCCAUCCACAUACGGGUCCUGAUUUAGCAGAUUGAUGAUAGGCACUUGGGCAUAGCAGGGUCUGAUAACAAUCUACUAAUGUUCUUACAUAUCAUGGUUGAAAAGUUGAUUAUUUAGGUAUAAAAAGUUAAGAAUUUAACCAAUAAACCAUCACAUUGACUUUAAUAACCUGUUGUAAAGUUUGAACUCUCAAGACAGGUAAACAAUGUUAUCCACUUCAAAUUAAUCCUGCCUUUUUAACCUUGCAAAUCACAGCAUGCAAAGGGGUUAAGAGGUCUGUCCUGAAGGAAAUGUUCCCAAGUGCUCAUGAAUACUGCCCAGCAAACGAUCUGUCAUAAGUUCAACCAUCUGAUCGAUAAAUUCAUCCAUGCUUACAAAAACUGAUCACUCCUUUGUGUUAACUAUUCCCCCCCACUCCCCCUCCCCCACAGUCAUGUUUGUAGGGACAUCUUACAAGUUUCCAACAUCCUAGGAUCAACCCCAAACAUAGCUUCAACCCCCAGCUGAGACAUUAUUGUCUGCACUGCCAUUACUUUUUCAUAUGGCUCCAACAAUGACCUUGGCCAAUCAAAACUGGCAUAUGGACAUUUUAACCAACAUGCGAUCAUCUCUGACCAAUCACUGUGCUCGAUGUGUCUGAUGACUCCCAAAAAGCAGUGCAUCAGAAGUCAUGUGACCAAUCAACAUGUUGGAGACAAGUUCAAUUGUUCCAGUUGGAGAGCACUAUCUGGAUUUCCUGUCACAUCCAAAGCUUUGUUGUGUGACCACCACUGUUUAUAGUCAGGCCUCACCAGGUGCAAAGACAUUGUCUCUACAUGACAUAGCAUUGCAAUGAUACCAGCAUUACCAGAACAGGUCCCCAGUGGAGUUUACCUCGGUCAUGUUUGAAUUGUAAAUACAUCCUUCUAAAUAUAGUUCUUGAAUUGUAUCCUGAAUGCUAAUAAAGUGUUUUGUCAAAGUAACAAUUGAUUUAACUAGCAUGAAGAGAGUCAGUGAUUUGCUAUGAUCUUUUCUAGCACAACGCAUUUGUUUAGAUACCUGCAUAAGCAUUAUGUACAUAUGAUAUUUAAUGUGUGACGCAGGCUGUAAGUCUAAUACCAUGACAAUGGGUCAGCCAUACAGAAAAUGACUUAAAACUAGUGCACUAUGCAUUCAUAUUACAAAAACAAUUGUCAUAAACAUACAGCUAUGAAAACUGUACAUAACAAAUAACAGCUCUCACAAUCCACAUACUGCAAAAUGUUCCUACCAAAAGUUACUUCACACAAAAAUAUGGAGCUAAGAUGUGAUGCUAGUGUAAAUGUAUACAACCAGUUUAUGUCUCACCAGUAUUAAAAAUUCUUAUCAAAACGAUGCAUAAGU